AUGGUACGAGUUCAGAUUUAUUGGUAUCAACUACAAGAUAAAUCAAUAGUCGGUCUCCGCAAAGAAGGAUCUGAGGAAGCAUUUUGUUUCAAGGAUGAUAGAACAUUAGCGUCUCUUUCUGACCAAUCCAAAGCAAAGAAGAGAAUUCUGGGGACAUUUGUUAUUGGUGAUGGGUCAAGUACUCUUCUAACGCUAGCUGAAAUGUGGUUGAGAGAUCAGGCCACAGGAGAAAGGGGAAAAGAACAUGCGUUGGUGAAAGUCGUAGCCUUUGGCGACUAUCUUAAAUCCGAAAAACACUUAAAGCUUCCAUUAGAUAAGAAGAGAGCCCGACGCAAGAAGGAUUGUCAGAAACUAGAAAAUGCGCUUGAUAUUGCAAAGGAUGCAGGUGAAGACAUUAAAGUUGGUUCUGAAGAGGUCAAGAAAAUGAAGAACAGCAUCGCGCGCUUGGCUUUAGUAAUUGAAAAAGAGACCAGGAAGAUUAGUCAGUAUGAGGCGAAAUAUGAUGAGGUGCACAAUGGAGAACGUAGUACUAAGAAGACCAAGGCGGUAAAGGAUAGUAGCAAGAAGUAA